CGCGGCAGCCCCGCUGCGGCACCGCUGUCCCCGCGGGCAAGGGCGAGAUGCGGAGCUGAUCGCGGCCCGGCUGAGCUCCGGGAUCCGUGCGCGGCGCAUCCUCCCGGCUGCUCCGGUGUUUCUCUGGUGUUGAAAAUUCCAGCUUCAGGAUCUCCUAAAAUACAGCUUCAGCAAUGUCAUCACCCAGCAGCAAUUGCCCACACUUGGAAUCGGUUGGUGAGAUAACAAAGGAGGAAUUGAUACAGAAAUCUCAUGGCACCUGUCAGGACUGUAAAGUCAGAGGACCCAACCUUUGGGCAUGCUUAGAGAACAGAUGUACCUAUGUUGGCUGUGGUGAAUCCCAUGUUGAUCACAGUACCACCCAUUCCCAGGAGACAAAGCACUGUCUAACUGUCAAUCUUACUACUCUGCGUGUUUGGUGUUACGCCUGUAGUAAGGAAGUAUUCCUGGACAGAAAAUUGGGAUCUCAUUCUCCACUACCAAGUACAAGAUUGUCUCACCAAGCACAAGGAAACAGUGUGCAGGAUUUUAAAAUACCCAGUAAUCCCACACUGAAGAUUCCAUUAGCAGCUGUAUUUGAUGACUUAGAUAUAGAAGUGGAAGAAGAUGAAUUGAAGACCAGAGGUCUAACAGGAUUAAAAAAUAUUGGAAACACUUGUUACAUGAAUGCAGCUUUACAAGCUCUUUCCAAUUGCCCACCUUUGACGCACUUUUUUCUUGACUGCGGAGGCCUAGCCCGAACUGAUAAGAAACCUGCAAUUUGUAAAAGUUACCUCAAGCUGAUGACAGAACUCUGGCACAAAAGCAGGCCUGGAUCUGUUGUUCCUACUGGUUUAUUUCAAGGAAUUAAAACUGUUAAUCCAAUGUUCCGAGGCUACUCUCAACAGGAUGCACAAGAAUUUUUGCGUUGUCUAAUGGAUUUGCUUCAUGAGGAACUUAAAGAGCCGGUUGUAGAACUGGAAGAUGCCCAGCCUAUGAGUGUUGAAGAGAGUAUGGAAGAAGAUAAAAGCCAGUCAGACUUAAGCUUUCAGCCCUGUGAAUCCUGUGGUAACUGUGAUAAAACAGAAAAUGACACAAUUUUCAAACCUGUCUUAGAGGAUCCUGCAGAAACAACCAUGUUAAUUCAGGAUGAUGAUAACAACUCAGUCACAUCCAAAGACUGGCAGAAGGAAAAAAUAUCAAGCAACAAACUUAAACGAGCAAGUUCUGUGGAAGACUUGGAAAAGGACACAAACACUGCUUCAGAGACCACUGAAUUUUUAAAUAACCAAGGAACUGUCAAAGUACAGAUACACAGCAGAUUCUCAGAAUACAUCAAUGACGUUCACAUGAAUGACAUAUCUGCAGCCCAAACACCGUCAUCAGCUGAAGGGACGAACACACGCUUAUCAAGCAGUCCUCCAAAAUCAUUCCCGUCGUGCUCUUCACUGGCACAAGUCCACAAAAAAGUUUCAACGGUGUCGUCACCAAAAAGGAAGAAGCGUAAGAAGUACAGGAGUGUUAUCUCUGAUAUAUUUGAUGGGACUAUAAUAAGUUCAGUCCAGUGCUUGACUUGUGAUCGGCUGUCUGUAACCCUGGAGACCUUUCAGGAUCUGUCCUUGCCUAUUCCAGGUAAGGAAGAUCUUGCUAAACUCCAUUCUGCAAGUCAUCAGACAUCUCUAGUCAAGGCAGGGUCAUGUGGAGAAGCAUAUGCCCCCCAGGGAUGGAUAGCCUUUUUUAUGGAAUACUUCAAAAGAUGUUUCAGGUUUGUUGUCUCAUGUGUUCCUAGCUGGUUUUGGGGUCCAGUUGUAACCUUACAAGAUUGUCUUGCUGCCUUUUUCGCCAGAGAUGAGCUCAAGGGUGAUAACAUGUACAGCUGUGGAAGAUGUAAAAAGUUAAGAAACGGAGUGAAAUUCUGCAAAGUGCAAAAAUUUCCUGAGAUUCUGUGCAUUCAUCUCAAAAGAUUUAGACAUGAACUCAUGUUUUCCACAAAAAUUGGGACCCACGUGUCCUUUCCCUUGGAAGGCCUUGACCUUCAGCCUUUCCUUGCGAAGGACAGUCCAGCUCAGAUCGUGACGUACGAUCUCCUGUCUGUCAUCUGCCACCAUGGAACUGCCAGCAGUGGACAUUACAUAGCUUAUUGUCGCAACAAUUUAAAUAAUUUGUGGUAUGAAUUUGAUGACCAGAGUGUCACGGAAGUAUCAGAAUCCACAGUGCAAAAUGCAGAAGCUUAUGUUCUCUUCUACAGAAAGAGCAGUGAAGAAGCACAGAGGGAGAGACGGAGGAUAUCAGGGCUACUGAAUAUGAUGGAACCAAGUCUUCUGCAGUUCUACGUUUCCAGGCAGUGGUUAAAUAAAUUCAAGACGUUUGCAGAGCCAGGACCAAUUUCAAAUAAUGACUUUCUCUGUAUGCAUGGAGGUGUUCCUCCACACAAAGCUAGCUUCAUAGAGGACCUCGUUGUAAUGCUACCUCAAAAUAUAUGGGAUAAUCUGUACAGCAGAUACGGAGGAGGACCAGCUGUUAACCAUCUGUAUGUUUGUCACACCUGCCAAAUAGAGUCUGAAAGAAUUGAAAAAAGAAGGAAAAAUGAAUUGGAAAUGUUUAUACGGCUUAAUAGAGCAUUCCAAGAAGAAGAAUCUCCAUCAACAUUUUACUGCAUUAGCAUGCACUGGUUCAGAGAAUGGGAAGGAUUUGUAAAGGGUAAAGACAAUGAUCCUCCUGGCCCCAUUGAUAAUGCUAAGAUUGCAGUAACGAAGUGUGGCAAUACUGUGCUAAAACAAGGUGCAGAUUCUGGACAAAUAUCAGAAGAAACAUGGAAUUUUCUUCAGUCAAUCUAUGGUGGAGGUCCAGAGAUUAUACUCAGACCACCUGUUCCUCCAGUAGAACCGGAUAUAUUGCAAACAGAAGAGAAGAUUGAAUUAGAAACUCAUGGUCUGUAGCUACUGAGAAAAAGAUGAACUUGUAAGGAAUCCAGCUUCCUUAAAAAAUGCCCAAAACACAUUCCUAAAAGUUUUAUUCUCUUAUGUCUGUUGGAGGCACAGCUCACUGGGCAUUACAUUAACUACAGAAUAGUAAGUUGAAAUAUGUAUUGCGAUUUGUUUAACUAGCAGCUGUUUCUCUGUUUUGGAAGGCAUGUGGUUUGUACAUUUUGGAAUGUCUGGUCAAUGGGAAAAAUGUAAUUUCUGAAUUUUUUGCUAAAAGGCAAAAUCCUAUUAUAUCCUUAGACUUGAAAAACAGGGACAAAUUUUAGAGAUGUUCAGUAACCCUUCUGUUUCCUGACUGGGCUCUGAUAUCUACAAACUUUUGCCUGUCUUAAUUGUACAGUCUUGACAAGCCUAGGUAUGUGAGGAGUAUAUUUUAAAUGGACUGUAAUGAAAGAUGAAAAAGGAUUUUCAUUUCCUAAACGCUCAGGAAAAAACUGUCUCUUACUUUGCACUGUAAGUAUAUGAAUUCGGUAGUAUAUAACAUCCAAAUACUUAUUGUAUUUGAGUGGCUCAAACAUUAGGGUCUACUGAAUAAUGUUUUAGUCAGCAAAUGUCAUAACUUAUUACUAGUAAAUUUUACAUCUUAUUGUAGUCUUCUGUAAGUCUAUAAACCUGGCUAGUGUCUUUAAUAGUAUAUGUGGCAAAAAGAUUUAGUCUUCUCUAGGGUAACAUUUGAGAGCAUGAAGUGUGAAAUGUAAAAUUAUUAUGGACAUGAGUGAUAUAAAUUUCAGAAAAUUAAAUUGUCUGGUCUCUUGAAUUACAUUCAUAAGCAUUUCUAUUUGAAAGAUUUUAUUGUAUUGUUAAAAAUUUUCAUUGGCAUGAUGACCUUUAAUGUCAGAAGCUGGAUAAGAUGUAUAUAUUGCGAAACUUUAUUGAAUGAUUCAUAUUGGAAUGCAGAAUGACACUUGCUCAUGUUUUUGCCUGAUAUUGUUACCAGAUAAGCAGCAUUAUUCAAGACUGGAUCAAUAAAAAAACUAAAAUUAACUGUGGAAUAGACGGGGGGAGCUUUCCUAAAUGUUUUUCAUUUAUUACAUACAUACAAAAACUUUUGAAGUAAUGCUGAGGUAAAACUGCUCUCACACCCAUACAAUUACAUUUUUUGACCAUUUUAAGUUUAGACAAUGAUGUUGACAGUUCUAGCUCCAAAGUAAGAAAAUGCUAAUACAACAUUCCUCUGAAUCAUUUUAUAUGUAAUGUAAAAUCAUACUGGUCUAAGGUCUAUUCUAGUUAAAAAGCCACCUAUAAUAGCCCUAGAGAAAAUAACCGUAAGUAUUUGUAAAUGUGAUUUUAUGUUAGUAGAUAAAGCAACUUAAAGCUAA